ACGAUGAAGUGACGGUGCCUCAAAUAGUUAUUUCGUCGAGAUCGAUGUUAGUAUGAAUAAGUAAUCGAUGAAGUAGCUUUGUUGAAGAUUAGUGUUAGCUCGGCUGACUGAUGUAAAUAUCUUCAUGUCUCGCGGAGAACAUCUUCGAUAAAAGUGCCUCAGAUAGAGGGCUUAAAAUGAAUCGGGCGUCCCCGAUAUGAGCUCAACUCACUUUUUUGCUGAAACUGAUGUGCAACCGGUGUACCCAAUUCGAUUGGGCUCAGGCUCAUUGGAAAAUAUGUGCAAGACCGGUGUGAGACCAGUGUACCAGUUUGACUGGGUCACAUAUCUUCUUUAUUAUACUGAGCAAGACCGGUGUAGUAACCAGCGUGCCAGGCAAGUGUCUCAGUCUUCCUCUCAAAAAAUGCUGCUGGCCGGGCCAGAUCAACAUUGGAGAAUUAACCAUGUCAGAUGGUUUCGAGCCCUCUCCAAGGCCCAAAAUGCACCCUUUUUCCAGGGCCCCCUCUUCUGGGUGAUUAAGUCUUUUAAUGGCCCUUUGAUGUUUACUAUCCCGGGAAAGCCUUAGCUCACCCUCCCGUUCAAGUCUUCCCUGAGAAGGGGGAAUCCGAUCCGGUCGGAGUAGGAUGCAUUGCGGUGAAUGAUCCUUUUCUAUUUCUUUUAAUGGGCAUCUUUUAGUUUCCAAUCAGUUUGUCGGUUUCGGCUGACUCCCCGAUACCGGUCAAACUUCAUGAGUCCGUGUAAGUACGGUUCGAACCCUCUUCCAUGUCUAGCCCUCUUGCAGGCAUACCCCUUAUAUGGGGCCCCUCUUCCGGGUUUAUCUUUUUUAUUUAAUACUGAGAAAGACUGGUGUAGUAACCAGCGUACCAGGUCUGGGCCUUUGUCUUAGUCUUCCUUUUGAAAAUCUUCAAAAUGCAUGCAUCUUCCGCCAUCACAUAUUUACAUUGGACUUCUCCACUUGUGGGGCCAUUCAUUAUCAGUCCCACUUGUCCUUGAUUAUUGAUAGAGAGCCCAUGCACUUUUUAUCUCCUUUUUUUAAUCUGCCAAUAUACUCCACAUGGAGUAAUUGAUAAUCAGGGGUGCCUUUCUUAUCUUCACAUGUUGCACAGCUCUUUUGUCUGAAUAUUUUGUUCGAAACACUCCAAACACAAAAAGGAUUAUCAUCUCCUCCACUUGCUCUCUAGGGCCCAUCAUGUGCACACACUCAAUAAUUCCCACGGUGUAAUUUGUGAGUGUAUUAUGUGGACCCAUGACAUCCAUUCAUCAAAUAUAAAAAAAAAUUGGAUCAUAGCUUUCUCUUUCUCCUUCGAUGCAGCUUACUCUGUCUAUUUCUUUUUUUUUCGCCAGUUCACCGUUGUCAUCCUCCUCCUUGGGAGGAAUCAAGGGGGGUAUAGAUAUGUAGACACCCCAACGACGGCAGACCCGGACGGAUUGAAAUCCUAGAACCAGCGGCGUUGGAUGAAGAAACGGCCUUCCAGGCACCAAUCCGAUCAGUGGCACCUGCGCCGGUUAGCUCUCGGGGUGGCGAUGUCAGAAUUCACUGGUUAUAAUAUUGUGGCAGCAAUCAGCAAUCCUCUUCUUCCUCUUCUACUUGUCAACCACUACCCAAGCCUACAAAUUUUAACAGUGGUGGUGGAUUUCAUUUCAGAGUCUCUGAUUCCACAGCAUAGUGACUCGCGACUUUGGCAGUGAUGGAACUAAAAAAGAGCCUCCAAGUAACGGUGGUGCAAUUCGGCAGUGACGGGAAUGGUGACAAAUCUCAAUAGUGGCGUCGGUGAUGGAUUCCUGUGGCAGCAGCAUAAGUCUUCGGCGGUGAACUUUGGAGAGGACAAGGCAACCUUUUAAGAGAGCUGUGGCUGGCGCUAAGUUUGACUAGGCCGAAAUCGGGGAGGCUAUAUUUGUUGACGGUGAAGAAGUAACUGACGAGUGGGUCAGAGAUGUCGGUGCGUUAGGAGUCGUCGAUGUUCUGUUGUACCAUGGCGGUGCCGGUGUAGAUGGUAUCCUUCACGCCGUUACCGGCGGAGGAGGAGGAUUGGUCGCUGUCUUCCUCUGGGGAAGAAAAUGGCACGGUGAGAACGGAGAGAAGAUCCUCUGCUUCGAGGCAUAAGAUGUGGCCUCCCGUCUUUUGCUCCUUGAAGAUUGUGCGACGUGUCUUAGUCAAUCCGGAAUGAGUCUCUGACGUACCUGGACCAGAACCUGCCCAAAAUGUUGCCGCCGCCGUAGCCCAACUGCUCGAGGAGUUGCUGUUGUGAUCGUUGGCUACCUUCCUCCUUCUCUUUCUCUUCCUUCCCUGUUUCUAGCAGAGGCGGUUCAUUUCCUCUUCUUUUGACUGCUUCUCCUCUUUUUGUUGAGCAAAAUGAAAGAAGGGAGCAAAAUGGCAAUUUUCUCGGGUCCCACGGUCGGCGCCAAAAAUGAUGGUGUAAAUUAUCGACCAGUAUAUCAUUUUUAGCCGGGCAAAAACGAUAAACUAAUCUAAAAAAUACACCAAAAUAUAAACACAGGAAUUUUGACGUGGAAACCUAAAUCGGGAGAAAACCACGGGCCUUUUUUGGCGGUACCUUGCCAACGAGGGAUUUUUAUUAAUAUCGGGAACUGUACAUGGUACAUGAUUUGGACUAGGAAGCCAUUAAUGGAGCAUUUGAGCUCUUGAAGUAGAAGAAAAUAUACAUACUAAAGAGAGAGAUAAAUAUGCAGGAGGAAGAGUGGAAUUUGGCCUCCUAACUUUGAGGGCAAACCCUCUUUUUAUAGGGGAGAAGGGGAAGAAUAUUCGUGGAAUAUUCUCUUAUCCCUCCAUAUUAUUAAAUAAUUGGGAAAUGU